AUCAACUGUUUGGGAGCUCACGGCGAGUGUUCCGCCGUGCAUGGUUGGGGACAUCAGGUCAUUUGGAGCUUGGAUUCAAAAUUGACGAAUUCAGUCUUGUGGAUGGCCUCCCUGUCGUCAUGUCCGAGUCCAGAGUUACUGAACCACCUUCGAACAACGUGUUUGCGUCGCCACCUCGGUCACCUUCGGUGUGGUCAUUCACUUCCAAUGCUGUCCCGUCAAUUCAUGGCUUACAGGCCUCAGAAGCGGCCAUUUCAAUGCCCAUGCCUGCCAAACUACGGUUUUCGCUUUCUUUUUCCCCAAGCGGCAUCGAGGAUAACAGUUUGACCUUGUCAUUACACGUCCCAGCCAUACAUUUGCAGUCGAACUCGCUAAUCUCCAUAACCGACAGAUGGGGUACAAAAACUAGGCCCCGUGCUCUCUCUUCUGUGACCCCUUCCCAGGGCACCAAGUCCCCGGGCGUGCUUGGAGUUGCCCCAGUAAACGAUUCCUACUUGUCGCUUAAAGGACGUGGGAAGUUUGGAUCGAUCGUCCCUCAGCCGGACUCGGGAGCGAGCAAGGGCUUUCACAAACAGCAUAUCUCUCGCAUGCUAGGGGCCUUAGACCUAAAACUCUCGUCACUUCAAGUGAGCCAUACCUUCGAACAUGCGCCCUCCAACAGAAAGACCGUUCUUUCUUCUCUUGUUCGGAGAAUGUUUUUCAAGGUUGGGUUGAGUGAUCCCACUCAGAAUCCUAUGCACCGCAACUGGAUUGGUAGGCCAGCGAAACCAAACUCUAAACUGGAUGCGAGUGUCUUUUCCAUCUCGUGCGGACUCUCUGCUGUGGAAAUUUUCCGUGUCCAGCAUCAUUCGACAUCUGUCCGGUCAUUGCGGCUUGCAAAACUUGGCAAAUCUAGCAUUGAUAUGAUUGCCACUCAGUGGGACGCUGUUGGCUUACCAAAAGGGCGACUGUUUGGGGAGGAUUACAAUGCUGCAUUGGUUGUGGCGGAAGUUAGAGGCGAGCAUGUUCAUUUCACGGAACGAGUUAAGGACUUGAGGGCCACCAUGGAUCUGUUCAAAACAUCUCCAAAGGAGCUACCGGACAAUAACGACUCAGGCCCCUCGCCGCCUCCACGCACUGUCUUAGCGCGUCACUUGCCCCGCAUUGUGGUGGACCUUGCAGUCACGGAUAUCCAGAUUAAGCUGCAAUGCGAUGACCUUGACAAUCCCUUCCUGAGCGCAUUCGACGUCUAUCUGGCCACGAAUCAGAUCGAAGUGCAUGUGUCGUCCACAUUUGAAGAACCAAUGGUGAAGCGGGAUGAAGGAUCUGAGUUCGCGCGAGCCUCAAGCGAUGAAAUGGCAGUUUCUCUACAACUCCUGUAUGAAGGAUCAGUGACGCUUGCUCCCUUGGAAAUGUCUGUAGUCAUCGAUCCGAAAUCUCCAAUGGAUGAUGCUGAAUGGAAUUUGACAAAGGAAGACGACGAUUCUUCCGCAGAAUCCUCUAGUUCCUUCCCCAGUGGCUCGACCUAUAUUUCAUCUGCCUUUAUUCCCCCCAAAAUGGAGCGUGUUCUGGCGAUUCAUGGUCUCGAGGCUGGCAUGUCGGGACGUGCCCUUGGACGGCUCAAUUCGAAACAAGCCCAUCAUUUUGCAAUACCUGAUUUCUUUACGGAGGCCAAAGCUCGUGUGGACGAAGUGACGCUGGAUCUACGAUAUCCCCCGUUUCUCCCGUCCUUCAUUGUCCUCGCCCGGGCCCUCAGCGUUCCACCAACUUCACACUUUGCGGGUGGUGUGAUGUCCAAACUGAUUCCUGGAGUGAUGUUUUAUUGCUGGAUUGGUGUCAUUCGGGCAGCCGUGUCGGAGGAGGAUAUUAAUCCUAACAUUCGCUAUACAAUGCCCCUUCGGAGGGGUGUCGCCAUGCAGACUGGGCUGGUUUUUGAAUAUUGUUACUUGACAGCACCGCAUGUAUCAGCAGAGAGGAUGGCGCAAUCAGUCUCCACCCGGGGUGUCAGUGCCCGCCAGAGUCUGGACGUAAGGAAGGAGGACCUGUAUAACGAGGCGGUGGCCCAAACUCUGGAUUUGGCGGAAUCGGGGACUCGAGUUGCCCUUCUGUGGCUCGAAUUCAUCCAUCCCAGCUGCUGGAUUGUGGAGAGCAUCUCUGAUACCAGCGACGAACUCCCUUGUCGUCCCAUUGACAGGCGCAGUGCUGAGGGUGUUGUGGAAGUACAUGAGAGCGUAUUUCUUGACCUGCCCCUCACGACAAUUAGGAUACCGAUCACCUCCCGCGAAUUGACAAAUGGAGGUUUCUCUGAGGAAAUCCAUAUCACGGCUGAAUCACCCCGUGUAUACUGGUGCCUCCAACUCCCCAUAAUAUAUUCAAUGCUGUUAUCUCUUCGCCAGUUUCAAUAUCAUACUGCUUUGUUCCCUCCCCGUGGGGUUGAUCACAACCAGCAUCCCCACAUCUCCCUCAGAAUUGACGUUAAAGAUGUCCAAGGUCUUUGCAUCUGCCCUAAUUCUGCCCGGGUGUAUUCGCGCUUCUCCGCUUUUGGUCUUGUUUGGGCUGCGAGCUCUAAAGCCAGGCUCACAUCACAGUCUGCGUUUUUAUGGGUUCCUAGCGCCCAAGGUCACCUUGAAGGGAAAUGGGAGGAGAUUGUUAGGGUCAAGAGCCUGAGCGUUGAAGUCGAGGCGUUAUCGCCUCUUCUCUCGAAUUUCAUCAUUGACUGCUCAUUGGGUGGGGCGCGUCUGCGAAUACCCUACAGAUACAACUUGCACACCCUCAUAUUCGGCAUUACUAUUAUGAUCAAGGCAAUCAAACAACUCCGUCGGGAUGCCGCAGCUGGCAAAGUUGCAGAGAUAGUUCUUCCGACUCCUGAAGGAGCAAGAAUACCGCCCAAAGUUUCCAUACGUGUGGAGUUUCUCACCAUAGAAGCCGCAGAUGAUCCGUUUGAAGCGCGAUUGAAUUUGAUAUGGCGAGCAGGUCUUGACGAGCAAAAAUCAAGAUUGGAACGUGCGUUAGCGUUCGAAGCCAAGGUGGCUGCCAUUCAGAGCGCAGGGAGCAAACGAGCACCCAACCGUCGAGCAGGUUUUGAGUGGCAUUUUGGCCAGAGCCACACCGUAGAACCUUCGGAAGCCUGGGUCCGAUUGCUUCAUUAUGAUUCCGAGAGCUGGAUUCAGCGCUUCAAAGCUGCCGACGCUGAACAGGUCCGUCGGGAGGGAGUUCAUUUGAAGCGUUCAAAAGACCCCACCUGCCCCCCUUUUUCAUGGUCUACCAUUCAAACGAUCCCAACCCAGAAGGUGGUACCUCUUUGUCGGGCUAGCUUUACGAGGCUAUUCGUCAGUAUAGGAUCGCCAUCAUUUGGUGGUGAAAGUGGCUUGAGAACGUUUAUGAGCGAUCUUGGGUCGGGACUGCCGCACUCCACUUUGUUCACACUGCUUAUUCCGUUCCAAGUAACCUGGACUUCUAAUUCGAUUCAGCUCUCGAUCCGAGAUUAUCCUCUCCCGAUCAUCAAUAUUCCCAGCAAGGGCCAAGAGGAUGAAGGACCUGCAUGGCGUUUUGAGACAGACAUGGUGAUUUGCGAGGAAUAUGCGUCUUCGGAAAGUGUUACGCUUGUGCCUUGCGUUAUUUACCGGGAAGACGAACGCCUAGGUUUUCCAGCAUUUGAAAUCCAGAUUCCAAAAACCAUUAUGCCUGUCAAGAGUUAUGCCCAUCCCACCAUUACCGUUACAACGCCCCACACAACCAAUUUCACUUGGGGGAUGUCACUGGCCCCUAUGAUGGCAGAUGUGAUGCAGGUUGUCGAUUCUAUCACGCCACCUCCACGAGAUCCUUCGCCUGCUCUUGGGUUUUGGGACAAGCUGCGACUCAUUUUUCAUUGGCGUUUGAAGGCUAAUUUCAUUGGGGACGUCCAUAUCCACGUUAAAGGCACUCGUAAUCCUUACAUAAUCGAUGGGUUGGGAGCUGGCCUCGUGAUGGAGUGGAAAGGCAGCCCAAUUUUCACCGUUGGACUCAGCGAACAGGAUCAGGAGUCAUUACAACUUCGGAGCAGCCAAAUGCUUCUUGUCAUCCCUGAUCUGAAGCGCUUUAGUGAUGCUGCGGCGGUUGGGCUUACAGAACCUGCCGAUGAAGUGCAUUCAUCAUCCUCGAACCCGUCUCGACGUCGCCCUGUUAAAGGGAAGGUCGUGGCGAAGUUCAAUAACGGUGUCCGGAUGGGUAUGGGGUUCUUGUUCGAGAGGAGCGUGGAUGGUUCACACAACGGUCCAAUUUCGGAGGAGGCGCGAAUCUUCCACUUUCGUCCCCAUUAUGACGUCAAACUUCGCGACCCUCAAUCAUGUUCAGACCCCACACAAGACUCCUACGCUGGAUUCCGAUCUCGCUUUAUCCAUCUUGCUAUUUCUCUAGCAUCCGCUGCCGAAGCGAAGGAAGCACGGGAUGGAGACAACAAGCACGCUGCAUACAGCAUCUUCCAUUUGUCACCAAAGACAUUCACACAUUUCUGGUCAUGGUGGGAUCUUUUCAAGAGCCUUGCGUCUUCGCCGAUCCGUCAAGGCGCACUUUUCUCUUCUGCGAGGCCCCCGUCACCCAAAUUUUCGCGGCAUCUGGCAACGAUCAAAUAUCGCAUAACCCUGGAGCCUUUAUUGAUUAGUCAUGUCUAUAAUCAGGAGGAAAAGGCGGGGUGGAAAGAGGGACUCACGUCGUGUGUCGGUAUCAAAGUGAUGGUGAACCAGUUUCAGACCGACAUGCACCAGCGAGAGGAGCUAUUCAUUGAAAAGAACUCUACCGGGAAGACAAUGCUUGUCCCUCACAAGCCUUUUUACUCUUCUGAGGUUGUGCUCACGGGUUUAGAGCUACGGGCAGUGCGUGCGGUAUUUGCGGAACCCCAGAAGGCACUCUUUUCCACAAGCAUGACAACGGAAGACCCUGAUUUUUCAGUUCCCGAUGAUGACCCCGAGCCUUUUUCUUCUCCAUGGGUCGAUCUCGACGAUUUCGUCGAGACGGACUGGGUUCCUUCAGAUCCUUCACCGAAAAUUUGGCUUUUACCCUGUGGCUUCUGUCCUCGUUUCACAUAUCUGAAGCGAGUUCCCUUGAAAGAUUUUGCGCAUCCAACACAUCCAUCUCCCUUCGGGAAUGAGGACAGUCAUCAUUGUUUACAGGGAAUGGAGGAUUCUAUCCAGGAGAUACAGGCUGAUCUUGCGCGCAAGCGUCUCGAUGAACUUAAGAGACGAUUUGAGCGCCUUACAUCCCUAAUACGCUCCGAUGCGGAGGGUAUUGUCCAUCCUUCUGCCGGAUCCAGUGUCACUGACGCGCGCGCGGCAGUGCGGGACAUUGAAAAAAGGAUACGUUCGCUGACGGAUUACAUCAAUCUGUUAGAUAGCGCAUCACGACGUCCCUUACGUCAUACCCACGGGCCCGGUUUGGGUGCGGAGGACUGGAGUGACUUCUUGAACGUAUAUCAAGUUCAUUGCCCACGAAUCAUCUUGAGUAAUACAAUACGAGAUAUCCUGAUCGAUUAUUAUUGGUAUUCUCGGAACCGACGGGCUUUUGAAUACCGUAUGGCAACAAGGGCAUUGAAGUAUAUCCGUGAGCAACGCAUAUCGGAGCCUUUGGACACUGCACAACCUGCACCAAAGGGGUCGCAGGGCCCUGCGAAGGUGCUGCGUCGAAUCCUUGCUAACGAAACCCGAGGUCAGGAAAAGAAGUUUGCGACUUCUCAAAAAUACGGCACCGCAGGAGACCAGGGUACUCCAGAAAAUCCUCUUCAGGGAUGGACAGACGGGGUCGUAGCAAAAAGAAAUGAUUUUGUUCUCCUGCUCAAGCCUCAAGUGAUUUUGAGAAGCGAACUUAAUCCGGACAGUAAUCUGAUCGCCGUUGGUGAGUAUCACCCCAUAGCGCGACAUAAUUAUGGCGUGACAGCGUUUCCCAGUCGACUCGGCCACUCUCCAGCAUAUCCCUAUCCUUGAUCGCCAGAGUAUCGAUGAUGUUGUACAUGGCCUAAUUAUGCAAAGGAAUUAUGUCAAACUCACUGGCUUACAAGUUUUCGCACCUAAUGACCAAGUCCUCGAUCCCACCCUGCAGGAUUCUUUAGUCGUUCCAUUGGAAGUCAUUGUCGAUUACCGCUAUGACCAUGAUGGAUUUUCACGACUGUUAUCGCAGUCUGAUGGGACUUUACACUACGACAAAUUCAAUCG